AUGGAUAAUGGAAUGAAAUCUCUGCAAGAUACAAUUUGUUCAUUGCUACCUGACAAAAAUCCAACGUUUAUCUUUAAAGAUUUACAUGUGGUAGAAACAUUGCAGGAAUUUUGGGAGACAAAGAACAAGCAAGGAGCUGUCUUUAAGAAUGGAUGCCUUGUGGUAUAUGAGUCAGUGCCAUCUCCUUUUGCUCCGUAUGUAUGUUAUGUGACUCUGCCAGGAGGCAGUUGCUUCGGCAACUUUCAGUACUGUUCAACCAAGGCAGAAGCCAGGCGAGAUGCAGCAAGAGUAGCCUUAGUAAACUCUGUCUUCAAUGAACACCCGUCUCGUUUAAUCACAAUGGAAUUUAUCAGAAGCAGCAUAGAAGAAGCAGUUGCAUCAGUCAGUGGUAGCAUACAUGACGCAAAGGAUCCUACAACAAGCAUUGGGGCUUAUCACUAUAUGCUGGAGGCAAACAAAGGCAAAACAAUGUUGGAAUUUCAGGAAUUGAUGACAGUCUUUCAACUGUUACACUGGAAUGGAAACUUAAAAAGUCUGCGAGAAAGGAAGUGUUCCCGUCAGGAUGUAAUUUCCUAUUAUUCCAAACAAUCAUUGGAUGAUUGUUUGAGAAGUCAGAUGGCAUUAGACUGGAUUUUGAAGGAGAAAAGGAUAUCAGGAAUUAUAACCCAGGAGCUUCAAUCAUCUCUUAAGGACCUCGAGAAAGCCAGGGAAACUGGUUGUGAAUUGCGGUUCUACAAAGAAAAGAAAGAAAUUCUGACACUCGCUCUCAGUCAAGUUAGAUCAGAAUGUGGCUGUAUUCAAAUGUGUGAAUAG